AUGAACGCGGAUGAAGCGCCUCUGAUUCCAAAUUUAACCAAUUUCGAUGGCAGCAACACUGCGCCGCUGCAGCGGUUCAUCGCACUGCAAGAAGGACAUGGGCAUCGUAUUGAACAAAAACUGCGCAAAGGGUCGCUAUUUGAUCGAUGGAGGAAAAUACUGAGCAAGAAGCAGCCGCAGGAGGAUAAUAAGGGACCUAUAUUGUCGGCAAAGUACGGCAGGUGCCAGGAAGUGGUUGGAUAUGGCGCAUCUGGCAUCGUCCAUGUUUCGCGCAAGAAAAAGGAGAAUGGAAUUGGCGAAGAACUAUACGCGGUGAAGGAGCUCCAGCGUCGGUCGCGGGAGACGGAGGAUGAGUACAUCAGGCGCUUAACCGCUGAGUUCUGCGUCCUCAGCGAGCUACGCCAUCCAAAUGUGAUCCGCACGCUCGAGCUACUGACAGAUGAGAAGGGGAACUACUGCCAGGUGAUAGAAUACUGCGAAGGUGGCGACCUAUUCACGCUAGUGUACUCGGCAGGGAAGUUAGAGGUAGAGGAGGCGGACUGCUUCUUUAAGCAGUUGAUGCGCGGCAUCGAGUACUUGCACGAGAUGGGUGUAGCGCACCGCGAUCUCAAGCCAGAAAAUCUGCUGCUUACCAGGCAUGGCAGCCUCAAGAUCAGUGAUUUCGGCAACAGCGACUGCUUUCGCAUGGCUUGGGAGAAUGACGUCCAUCUUAUGUCCGGGUUAUGCGGUUCAGGACCAUAUAUCGCUCCAGAAGUGUAUACAGAUCAGGAAUACGAUGGCCGAGCAGUCGAUGUCUGGGCUUGCGGUGUCAUUUAUAUUGUCAUGCGCACGGGGAGUUACCUGGUCGCCAGUCCGGGUGCGUUUGGCCGCCAACCCCAAGGGCAAGUGGGGUUGGGGUUAGAUCUGAUGUAA